UAACUUCCAUAACACAUAACAACAACAUAUCACAUGCUUCACAAUACAAUAGAAAUUAUAAAGAAAAUGAAAAGAGAAAAUAGCGGUAGUAGUCAGGGGUGCAAUCUUUCCGCGCGGUAGCUCAUGAAUAUUAAGCAGAUGACGCAAUAUUAAAAUCGGUUACGCAAUAAAUAUUUAUGAGCCACUGUCAGGCAUUCGCCAUUACAACAAUACGUUUCGUGACGGCUGUGGUAGAAGAAAACAAGACCAUUGACACAAGUGACAGCCGCAAGUAAGAAAAUCCCGUGUUCAAGAACCACGUAAAGCAAUAUCAGAGCUGAUGAAAGAGAUAGAGAGAGAAAGAAAAGACUUACACAUCUCAUAAAGUCAGUUAAAACCCAAACACCGAGGCCGGGUUUUUGAAAAUGUCUGGAGCUGAGUUUGAGAAGGAGUUUCUGUACAGCUUACCCGCGUGUGUUAUGAGUCACUUUACACGGAUUAUGGACUCACUUUCACACUCUGACUGGAUAUUGUUCGCUUCACAGGUAAUAUCUGAUCAGACUGAACUACGCCUUUUGGAACAAAACCCCAGACGCACUGACAUCCUCAUGCACAAAUGGGGCUGUCGUAAUGGGACAGUGGGAGAAUUGGUGCAGAUUCUUGACAGCUUGCAGUGGUUUCGGGCCCGUGAUAUCAUUCUUGAAUGUAGACCUAUACCGCAGUCUCGUUCGGAGCAACAGUCGGCUUCAACGGUACCACAAGACACUGCAUGUCAAACCAGUACAGUCAGCUUUGUCAAAGAGAUUCUCCGUGAACACGAAAUCAGGCCUCUACCCAAGCCUAGCCCUCCACCGCCCGAUCUGGACUCGAUUGAUUCAAUAUCCUCAAAUAUAGCUGAAGAGUGCCCAUACAAGAACCGUGUGGAUCCCCCGCCUCUUUACUCAACUGCGAUGAGCUGGCCGUUUGAGGAAAUACAGCGAGGAACAUGCAACUUUUCCCCAUGUAAGCAGAUUGGUGAAGGGGGUUUCGGGCACGUGUUUCAAGCUGUGAUGAGAAACACUGAGUUUGCUGUGAAGAAGCUGAAAGAGAACUCUCAUUUGGAUUGGAAUGUUGUGAAGGAAAGUUUUAGGACGGAAGUGGAAAAACUCUCACAAUACAGGCAUCCCAACAUAAUGGACUUUGUUGGCUACUGUAUAGGAGGACAAACUUAUUGUCUCAUAUAUGUUUAUAUGCCGAAUGGCUCUUUAGAGGACCGACUACGCUGUGAGGACAGCAACGCCCUCUCUUGGUCACAGCGUGUAAAUGUUGUAGUGGGCACUGCGAAAGCUAUUCAGUACCUGCAUUCUUGCUCACCUGCACUUAUUCAUGGAGAUAUCAAGAGCUCUAACAUCCUUUUAGGGGAUCACCUGGAGCCCAAGCUGGGGGACUUUGGAUUGGCGCGUUUAUGUCAGAGCCCCGGCAAAACCCCAGGCAAAACGUCCACGGUGGCUCACACUGCAACGGUACGGGGAACCCUCGCAUACCUCCCAGAAGAAUACCUGAAGGAUGGACAGCUAGGAGUGGAGAUCGACAUCUACAGCUUUGGAGUGGUCUUGCUAGAGAUACUUACUGGACGGCAGGCUCUUGAGGUCAAUGGCCAGUCCAAAACUGUUUACUUGAGAGAUCUGGUUAACGAGGAGGAAGAUGAUGGGAGAAAUUUCAGCAAAGGGAAGCCCUCGCGGGAGCUGUCCUAUGCUCACGCAGCGAAGAACAUCUGCAGGAAACAUCUGGAUCCUCGAUUAAUAACUAAAGACUCACCUAACCCUAAUGGAUCAAUGGAAAUUUCUCAAAUGGCAUGUCAAUGUUUAGAACGACGGAGGAAGAAAAGGCCUCCCAUGACAGAAGUGUUCAGAGCACUUCAAGAUGUGCAUUCAGGGUUGAAGACCUCUGGCCGGUCGACCAUGGUCAGAAUAUCUCCUGUAUCAUCUCAUCCAUCCACCCCUGAGCCUCUGCGCUCCGACAACAGCUCCCUGGACUCUCUCGCCCAUCAGUUCUCCAAACUCCACCCUCAAGAGGACACAUACCCCUGCCAUCACAAGCCUAUCUUUCCCAGCUUGGCCUCUGAAAUGACUAGCUGCUCAGAGUUGCAUCCUGAAUCAUGGGUUUCACAGUCCUCUGGCAUGCCAUGUGAAUCAGAUGAGAGUCAAGGCUUUUCUCAGUACUUGACAAGUCACUGUAGCAGACCUCAGUUGACGUCAUGUGGGGCCUGUGGUGUUCAGAGCGCUAAAAUAGGCAGUUCUUUAGAGGAAAGCCCAUCACAAUCUAGUCCGAAUGAAGAUUUUUCUGACCAGAAAGUGUUUAUCAACCCUGUGAGGCAACGACUGGUCGAGAAAAUUGAGCUUUAUGAAGAGGGGAGGAUUUUAACUUCUGAUCUGCUAUCAUCAGGAGAAUCGUUAUACCGAGGGAUGAGUGCUCAAACAAGGGAGCCAGAAGAGAGUGAUGAGUUUGCAAGUGAGACAUCUGGAGUCAACAUGCAGUCACCGGCUGCAGUUUAACACUGGAUGUUUGGAAGAAAAUUUUGGUCCCACUUUAUAUUAAGUGGCUUUAAGUACUAUGUACUUACAUAGGAAAAUAAGUACAAUGUACUUAUUGUG